AUGUCUCUUUCAAAUGAACAAAUUACACGUCUACAGGAAUGUAGAGAUAGAUUCAAAAAAGUUAAUGAAAACUAUGAUGAAAAAUUUAAACUUUAUUUAGAUGAACAAUUACAAGAGUCAAAAAAAAUUGAUAGUUCCAUUACUGCCUUUGAUGCUGAAGAAAUGGAUGAUCUUAGAAUAGCUUUUCAAGAGAUUCAAGCUGAAAAGGGUGCAAAAGAACUAUAUGCUGAACUUCCUUUUACCGAUUUAAUGCCAAUUUUAGGUUUGGCAAUAUCAGCCUACCCAGAUCUUGUUAGUGCACCGAUAAUCUUUGGUGCAGUGAACUUUCUUUUUGAGAAACUUGGUUUUUUCGGCAAUCAAGAGAGAUUUCUCAAACAAAUCAUGGAAGCAGUUGAACAGCUCAUUGAUAAAAAAAUAAGUGACGAAAGAAGAAGACAAUGCAAUAUUAAAUUCCAACAACUUCAAAAAACUGGUGAUGAAUAUUUUUUUAUGGCUGAAGAGUAUUUCAAAAGAAAUGGUAAAAAAAAUGUAGAUGAUUCUUUAAUAUCAAAUGAAAUCAAAUCAAUGCCAAAUGAAACACUUUUAUCAUCUCUUCAAAUCCAAUUAAUGAUUUAUCGUAAUCAAAUUACUGACGGUUUGGUUUAUUUUGAAGAAGAAAGUGAAUUGAUUAACACCAUUGGUUUCUAUAUAUUAACCGCUGCUCAAUAUCUAUGUAUUCAAAGAGAUUGUGCAAUUUAUGGUAAAGAAUGGGGUUUCAGUGAUUUUGAUGUAAAUGAUGCCAAAUCAAGAUUACAUUCUAAAUCAAUUGAAUUUAUUCAAAAAGUAAUUAAAUGUGGAUGGAUUCUAUCACGUCAUUACUAUGGUGAACUUGCACCAUCUUUUGGAUACGUUCUCCCACCCUAUUUUGAUGCAGCUAGAGUAUUCAAAAAUGCUGACCCCACCUAUUAUCCAGUCAGAGCUCUUUCCUACAGUAGAAAUCCUCCUAAUAUUACUUAUGAAGUAGAUGGCUCCACAGGAUCACAUUUAUUGGGGCCAAACAUUUUAAGAAACUGGACCUUUAUGUCCAAUAGUUUGACAAGUGGUUUCAGAGCUAUUAAAGCUGCAAUCAAAAAUGAACCAAACACAUUGAUUGUAAAGUUCCCAAGUGCAAAAUCAAGAACAUUCAAAGUCAAAUUCCAUCAUCAAAUUGUUUAUGAGGCUGAUUGGACAAUAAAAGCUGGUAAUGUAGUUGAAAACUUUGUUUUUAAAGAAGGUUCUGAAACUGAAAAAAGAAAUGCAUACCUAGUUUAUUAUGAAAACUUUGAUGGUCCACAAUCUUAUGGUGUAAAUGUAACAAAAGCAAUAACAGUUACCACUCAAGAAGUUACAUUUACUUCAAAUAGAUCAUAUGGUACUGGUUACAAACAUGGAUAUGCCGGUGGAUCAAUUCUCUAUUUAAUAGAAAUUAUUUUUGAUUAAAUUUGUAUUUUUUAUGCACAAUAAAAAUUUUAAUUUAAUUUCUAAAUAAAGGUUAAACAAAAUUAUCAUUAGCC